AUGUGGCCAAUGACAAGUUACCGCAAUGCGAGCCGUGCCAAUGGAGGUUGCAGUGGGACAGCUUAUGAUCGUUAUGUUGAGCAACGAGGAAAUGACAAUAAAUCAGCCAUCACCAAAAUGCAACACCAGUAUUGGGUUACUAAACAAACUGUAUUCCGAAAACUGGGAAAGAAAGAAGAUGACUGCAUCAUAGCUUCUGAUGCUGAGUUAGAUGCAAAACUUGAGUUAUUUCGUUCUAUUCAGGAAAGUUGCACAGAUCUCCAACGUAUAAUUGACAAGUAUCAAGAGAGGCUAUGCUCAUUGGCCCAGGAAGAAAAUGCAAUGGGUCGCUUUCUAAAGGAAGCUGGAAAAACUGACAAAACACGAGCUGGAAAGAUGAUGUCUGCAGUAGGAAAGUCAUUAUCAUAUUCAGGACAGCAACGUUUGACAUUACGAAUGCCAUUAUUAAGACUCUAUCAGGAAGUAGAAACAUUUCGACAUCGUGCAAUAGAAGACACAUUACAUAAUGUCAACAGUAUGGAGAAAAUUCGUACUGAGUAUCGUGCCUCUCUGAAUUGGAUGAAAAAUGUGUCCCAAGAAUUAGAUCCUGACACUUUCAAACAACUUGAGCGAUUUCGUAAGGUACAAGGCCAAGUGCGACGCAGUAAAGUUCGCUUCGACCAAUUGAAAUUAGACUGCCUGCAAAAAGUUGAUCUUUUGGCUGCUGCUCGAUGUAACAUGUUUUCACAUGCACUGAUUUUGUACCAGAAUUCACUUCUUCAAUUUGCAGAGAAAACUGCAAAAACCUUUAAAUCAAUAGCAAACAGUUUCAAAGGUUACCAACAUUAUGAAUUUUGUGUUGUGAAAGAAUUAGCUGAACCAUCUCUGAAAUUGGCUGAAUUGUCUUCUAAAGAGAAUGAUCCAAGUAAACAAGUUGAAGAAACAGAUGAGGAUAAGGAUAAGUUGUUGUUUUUUGAGUCUGAGUACCAUGAUGAUGAUGAUAAUAAAAAGGAACAAGAAUCUGAAUCACAAACCAAAUCUCAAAGUUUAGAAAAUUUGUUUCCAUCAGAAACCCGACAAGAUGUGUUACUAGAUUUGAGCAUUGGAUCCAAUGAACCUUCAUCUCAGCCUAGUGGAUCUAAUGGUCCAUCUUUGUUAUCUAACGAUACAAAAGCUGGUCAUGAACAGGAUUUAUUGACUAGCAAUUCUGAUGAUUUGCUGUUGUUGGAUGAGAUUUUACAUGCUGGCUCGCAGAACAGCUUUGGAUCUCAGUGGGAUGAAGUGUUUGGUUCAAGUACUGAUAAUAAAGAUGGGCCUCCAGUAGAAGAUACGUUCCUGCCUCCAGAACUUUUAGACCAGUUUGCUGCCUUCCAUACAGACAUUCCAAAGAAUAUUAAUCCAGGAUUGUCUGAUAAUACAUCAACAGCUGCAGUGGGCCCUACAUUGCAUGACAACCAGAAGCAACCUUUCCCUAUAUCUAAUCAAGCCUUGCUUAAUAACACAAAAGACAAAGGGCAAGAUAAACGAGCUGCAUGGUUCAACUUGUUUGCUGAUUUGGAUCCUCUGGCUGACCCAGAUGCUGUAGGCCGAAAAGCUGAUGAAGAUGAUCGUAAUUGCUGAGAAUGUGAAGCUUUUGAUAUUCCUAUGCAUUUCAUCCCAGCAUUCUGAAAAGCUACUUUUUCCAUGAUAAAGAGCUUUUGUUUGUUUGUGGAUAAAACAAGGUGUAUUUGCAUUCCAUAUAUUUUAUUCCUUUUCAAUUGUUUUUUAGUAUUUUAUGCUUGCAAAGCACGUUUUAUGUAUCAUGUUUUACUGUAUCACUUAAAUUUGCCCCUUUUGGGGGGAAGAUAGGGAAGGUGAAAUAGAUCUUUGCUUUCAUUAUCAGUUUCCCUUGUUGGAUCUAUUAAAUGAUAAAUGUACAAAAGAGAGGAAUCUCAAUCAUCUCAUCAAGAUCUAGUCAGAAUAUGUUUGGUCAGUACUGCUUCUAGUCAAGAAGAAAUGUGUGCUAGUCGGGUUAUGCAUUUAUAAGGAAAAUGAGUGAAGAGAGUGCAUUGUUUCAAAAUUUGUAAGCAACUUACAAAAUUUAUUAAACCAAGGGAAGCUGACCUGUUAAUCAGCACUGCACCAUUCAAAGAAAAUCUGUUGUUGUUUUUUUGUUUGUUUUUUUUUCACAUUGCACAUAUGUUUUACUCAAGUAAUUUGUAUCAUUGGACAUUUGAUCAUGUAAGGAGAUGGACAAAAUAAAAUUUAUUACAGCUAGAGUAAU